AUUGGCUGUUGCCAGGCGAUGGGAGGCGGAGCUGGAUCAACCUGUUUGUCUUGGAUUCCACCUGAGAAUGCUCAGAGUGGAUGGCAGCAGGACGAAAGAAACAUGUUCACCUUCAAAGUCGGCAAACCAAACAUCGGAAAACAAUCCAACGUCAUCAGAUGGUUUCUCCAGGCACUGACGCUCCUCAUCCUCCUGGUCUUCAUCCUCGUCGUCUUCCUGCAGCUCUACAGCGACCCGCUCAAAGGUAUAACUAAAAAAGCUCCCGUCUCCAGCCACUUGGCCACCGAGCAUCAAGAGGGACCAUGUCUGAUGAAGAAAGUCUGUCCGGCCAAUCAGCUCGGCUUCUUAGUCCAGAGCGGAGCUGCAAACGUUGUUCCUCCGAAGAUCUGCGUCAACAACAAGCUGGUUUUAGGAACCGUCAUGAACAACGCUGGCGACGGGAUAAACAUCGUGGUGGUGAACGGUAAGACCGGAGAAACCCUGAAGACGGAUCACUUCAACAUGUACAGCGGCAAGGUGGAACCACUCAUCGAGUUCCUGAAGAGCAUCGAGACGGGUUCUGUGGUUCUGAUGGCCGUCUUCGACGAGGGAUCCACAAACUUGAACGAUGAGGCCCGGAAGCUGAUUGCGGAUAUGGGAAGCUCCACCAUCCAGUCUCUGGGUUACAGGGAUAACUGGGUGUUUGUUGGUGGCAAAGGAGCGUCGGAGAAGAGCAGCUUCGAGCAGUACGUGAAGAGCGACGAAUCCAAAAACAAGUACGAUAACUGGCCUGAGAUGGUGGAGGUGGAGGGCUGCAUUCCCACAUACGUGGAAUGAUCCGCUGCUCCGACCCCGACCGGCGCAGGAAGCUGCAGGACGCUGCAGGAUGGGAUCUUUAAGACUUUCUAUGGGAUGAGAUGGAAAACGGAUCUGCUUUGGAUCCAUGUGAUCCUCCAAACGAGACUCUGGAUGGAAGCUGGUUCUGGUGCUGUGACGCGGGGAGGGAAUGAAAACGGUGCAGUUUAGAUCUACAUUAUUCAAAAUAAGGCACCCUAAGGAAGCAUCCCGGUAUCUCCACUGCUGAUUCACGAUCCUAAGACAUCUGUGAUGAUCCUGCUGCUGUAGUUUAAUCUUCCUCAUAUCUUUGAUUUCACAUCAUCAGAAAACGUCUUGGUCCAGUUAGACGUCUCUGUAAGAAGCUCAGCUUCAUCUGCAGGAUGUUCUGAAGGCAACGCCAGCACCACAGCUUCCAGGCGUCUGCUCCGUCUCUGCAGAAUAAAAGUUAAAUACCAGAUUUCCAGAGCGUCCUGAGAAGGCCCAAUGGUUUUAUUGCUCAAAUGAACUUAAAUUUAAAGAGGGAAAUGUUGUAUUUUUUUAGGGACGGGGAUUUAAGGGAUUUUAUUGCCCAAUGAAAAAUGUAAAAAAAAAAAAAAAAAAAAAAAAAA